AUAUAUCAUUAAUUUAAAUGUCCAAAAAUGUAUGCUGCAAUCGCAGAUUGCCCCUUUAACCAUGCUCAGCUCACACCCCCAAAAGAGAAACAAAGGAAGUUAUGGGGAAGUUGCAACGAUGUUGCAUGUAAUGUUGCGACCCUUUGAAUUGGAACGCACAAAUUCCUAGGCUACUGCCUUAUCCGCGAAAAGGGCACGAUGUUUUCAACAUUGCUCCUGCUCAGUCUGGUAGUGUCAUGUGAGGCAGACUUCUUUCCACCUGUGGUCAACGUCAGCUUGGAUGAUCCCCCCGAAGUGCGAUGGGCGUCUCUAUUCAAAGUGUUUGAUGUCGACUACCUGCAGAAAGCAGGUGCUGAAGUGAUUGACACCACUGUUCCAAAAUGGGUGCAUCAUGCGAUAACUCCGAUUGUGGAGGCCUUGGAGAAGUAUGUACCUCCUCCAUACGCAAGGGAGAUCAGAGGAUUGGCCUCAUAUUUUGGAGGGAGCCUUUCUGAUAUCAUCCUUCUCAACUUUGCCUAUGAAAUAUCUGCGUUUUGCACUAGUAUUGUAGCUCAGGACACAAGUGGACGUUUGUAUCAUGGCAGGAACCUUGAUUACCCACAUGAUAUACUCAGAAAUCUCACUAUCAACAUUCUCUUUCUCAAAAACGGAACGGUGGCUUAUCGUGGUACGUCUUUCGCUGGCUAUAUCGGGCUGUGGACCGGACAGAGUCCAAAUAAAUUCACAAUCUCUGGUGACCAGCGAGGUGAAGACCACUGGUGGAAUUGGUGGAAGAACUGGGUCUCUGCUUUCCUGCUGAAAAGAUCUCCAGUCAGCUGGCUGGUGAGAGAGACGUUGGAGGAAGCAGCAGACUUUCAGGAUGCUGUGAUGCGGCUGUCUAAGAUCCCCAUCAUCACAAGCGUGUACUACAUCGUUGCCGGGGUAAAGCCUGGGGAAGGAGUUGUGGUCACCAGGGACAGGAAGGGCCCAGCUGAUAUCUGGCCUCUGGAACCCUUAAAUGGAGGGUGGUUCAGAGUAGAGACCAACUUCGAUCACUGGCUGCCUCCUCCUGCAAAGGAUCAUCGCAGAGAUGCAGCGAACAAAGCAUUAAAUGCUACUGGUCAAGAUAAUAUCAAUAUGAAUACAAUGUUUAAGGUCCUGUCAAUGAACCCAGUAUGUAGCAGGAGUACUGUUUACACCACAACAAUGAGUGCAGCCAGCCCUGAGAAAUACAACACAAAGGUCAGACUAGAGGGCUGCCAUAGCGAUGAAUAAAGCUGAGUCGUGGACUAAACCUAUGAUUAUAGAAAGGGCUGAGCAGAGAUUUUCUGCAUUAAAAGUGCCUCCCUUUUUUUUAAAUUCCAUGAUAGUUAAUUGUCAUGCAUUUUUUUUAGGUAAUCAAAUUAAUGUAUAUUUUUAGCCAAAAUGUGAUUUUAAAAUGUAGCAUGUCCGUGUUAAUUACGGUUAUGUCCGCACACAUAGUCUAGUAUUUUAGAGUGGUGAUCAUAAUUAUAUUGAAAUAAAGCUCAUUUAAUUUUGAUGAAUUCAUGCAACAUAAAAUGCCUUAUGUAAAUUUAUACAGAUUGUCCACUGUCAAAAUUGAUAAAACUUGUAAUAAAAAUAAAAUGUCUCUACAUUGUUGA